CUUGGAAAGAGGAAAUAUCCAAAGUGAAUUUGCAUCGUUUUAUGAUGAGUUCCUUGAAGACAAUCGCUACGCAUAAUGGUGCAUUUCAUGCGGACGAAGCUUUAGCUGUUUACAUGCUUCGUAGUAUCGAAACAUAUCGUAACGCCAAAGUGGUUCGCUCUAGGGAUCCUCAGCUUUUAGACAGUUGCGAUAUCGUUGUAGAUGUCGGCGGGAAAUAUGACGGUGUAAAGUAUUUUGAUCACCAUCAACGUGAAUUUAGCGAUACGUUUUCUUCCAACUACAAGACUCGUCUUUCCAGUGCAGGUUUGGUUUAUAAACACUUUGGUAAGGAGGUGAUCUCUUCGGUCUUAGCGGGCAAGCAACUUUCUCAAGAAGACUUGGACAUCUUGUAUGAAAAAAUCUAUACUUCGUUUAUUGAAGGUUUGGAUGCAAAUGAUAAUGGUAUUUCACCAUUCCCCGCUGAUUUGACUCCCACAUUCAAAGCCGCCAUGAGUCUUCCAGAAAUGGUGUCUACUUAUAUCCCCUCUUGGAACUCUGAAAAACAAGACGAAGAGUCCUUCUUGGAAUGUUUCCAUAAGGCCUCUGAGUUUAUUGGCAACUGGUUUGUUCGCACCGUCAACCAUUACGCAUCUUCUUGGUUACCUGCGAAGUCUUUGGCUCGUGAAGCCGUCCUCAAAGCAAAGGAUUCUUCUAUUUUGAUUAUGGACAAGUUCUUUCCUUGGAAGAGUCACCUUUAUGACAUUGAAAAAGAACUUAACAUAGAGGGUCAAUUCAAGUAUGCUAUUUAUUCGGACGGAAAGGGCUGGCGUGUUCAAGCUGUCGCUAUCGAUCCUACUUCUUUCACUUCUCGUCUUCCUCUACCCGAACCAUGGAGAGGUGUUCGUGAUGAAAAGCUUUCUGAACUUACUGGAAUAUCUAACUGUAUUUUUGUUCAUGCAUCGGGUUUCAUUGGAGGAAAUGCCACUUUUGAGGGUGCUCUGGAGAUGGCUAAGCGUGCUUUGGCUUUUUAGAAUUUUCGUCAACUAGGUAUCCUCAAGAAAUUUUGCUAAAAACAUUGGUCUAAAUUUUGGGAAGGAUCGUUAUUCUAUGGAUUGUUAUUAUAAAUAGUAGUUUAGUCUAAUUAUGUUUAAAAUUGUUCUAAUACUAUGGUAAUGCUCUUCGUUCACCUAUAAAAAAUCAUGCCUUCUGCAAGAUCUUUACACCCAGAAGAGUCACUUUUCAAAAAAAUCGG